AUGUCUGACCUUCUCAGCUCGCGCUGGGCUCCCGGCGCGAGCGAGGCGACUCGACAUAAAUCCCACGCACCCUUGCGACCAUAUUCAGGAAAUCGGACCCACUCAGAUGUGAAUCCCGCACUAUCGGGUCCUGGAGUUUCGAAUAGCCACACACGCGGAACGGCAUCAAGAACACCAUCAAGGUCAGCGACUGGGAUCCUUCCCCCUUCCGAAGAACUGGCACGCUUCAUGAAAAUCGUUGCACGACUGCGAUGGAAACUUCCGUUCCUGGCUGAAGGCUACCGUCUCGCAACGCUGGCCGUCGAUGAGGUGAAUGGCAUUUCGGCUGCGGAUGUUGCGCAAGCGGAAAUCAUGUUCAAGAUCGAUUUUCAUGAAUACUACGCACUACUUGAGCGAGCGAUUGUGCAUUUAUUAGCAGUAUUCAAUAUUGCGGUCUCCUCAGUUGGUCGAGGCGGCCGAGGUGGGGUUCAAGUGAACGGAAAUGCGGCAGGAAUACAUCGAUACCAUGCGAAUGUGCUACAGGCCUUGGAGGAAGAGACUACCCCUCUUGCGCCUGUACUGGGGAGUGGAUACGUCUAUGAGUUGUUGCGGAAGGCAAAGGAGCUACGGAAUCGGUGGAAGGGCGCUGAUAUGAGUGAAGAAGAACGGGAACGAGAUCCCUUCGAAGUGGGGAAGAAAAUCUUACCGCUAUCGAGCUUCAAUUUUGAUGAGAUUUUGACUGGAAUUUUUGGGGGGCUGGAGGAGGCGUAUAUACGCGCCAGAUCCCAUGUGGAUUUGUGCAUUCGCCCAGGAGAGCUGGAUGACACAGCUAACUCCGAAUCAGAUUGGGGGUUCAUUGUCGAUGCCAUGGAUUGGGAGGCCAUCUGA